UUUCCAGGAAAUACAUUUUCUCCGUGAUAAAACGAAAGGAAGCCUGAAGCAAGCUUUCUCCCGCAGCCCUGGCAUGCUCCCUGUUCUGGAUGAGGGUAUGCUGAGAUGUGGUAACGGGAGCCAGGAGAGCCGCAGAGACAGAGCGAGGCGGUGGGCGGAGUCGAGGGACAGGAGGCGGAGGCGAGCCCGGGGGCGUGGCUUUCUCACUGCGGGGCGCGGCCUGCUGCGGAUGGGCGAGGCCACGUUCCGGGGCGUGGUCGCCCGGGCUUUGGAACCCCGCCUGUUCGGGGCGGGGCUGAGGCGAAAGGGUGGGGCCGCGCUCCGUCGGGGCGGGGCCUGUGGAACCUGGAAACCCCGGUGACUCGGGGCCUGAGCGCGCGUCUCCUGGCGCGGGGUUCCUCCCACGCAGACCCCCAUUCAAACGAUGCCGAAGGGGCGGCGCGGCAGCCGCAGCCACAGCCCCACCAUGAGCCAGCGGUCGGCUCCGCCCCUCUAUUUCCCCUCCCUCUACGACCGCGGCAUCUCCUCGUCCCCGCUCAGCGACUUCAACAUCUGGAAGAAGCUCUUUGUGCCGCUGAAGACAGGCGGGGCGCCGGUGGGCGGGGCCGCAGGGGCCAGCUCCCUGGCCCAGGCGCCCCCUGUCCCUGCGCCUCCGCCACCACCCGGCCUGGUUCCCCCCAGCGAGCGCCCCGGGCCCCCGCCCUGGCCCUCUGGCCUGGCCGCCAUCCCCUACGAGCCUCUGCGCUUCUUCUACUCGCCGCCGCCGGGGCCCGAGGUGGCUGUCUCGCCUCUGGCCGCCCGCUCCUCGACCCCCAGGCUCGCCUCUGCCUCCCACCCCGAGGAGCUAUGCGAGCUGGAGAUCCGGAUUAAGGAGCUGGAGCUGCUCACCAUCACCGGGGACGGCUUCGACUCCCAGCGCUAUAAAUUCCUGAAGGCGCUAAAAGAUGAAAAGUUACAAGGACUGAAGCCCAGGCAACCUGGAAAGAAGUCGGCUUCUCUCUCCUGAGGAGCUGCCCACCCGAGCUUGGGCAGCCACCUCCUUCGGUGUUAGUGCUUAGAUAAUGUGUCCCAUUUGUUGUCAUUUCAAAGAUGGUUAUUUUCUGUUCUGUAUUUACUGCUGUUCUUGUUGCUACCAGCAUGUAUUUCACAUACAGUGCCCGCUUUGCGUGGUAAAUCUCAUGGUCUCUCUCCUCUUUAUGCGCUGCUGAGGGAGCUCUCUCAUGGGGUCUGGAAGCUGCUGCCCAGCCAGCAUUCAUGAUCCCCUGAGACCAGGGGAGGGAGCCCCCAACACUGCCAUAGUCAUGCAAACCAGAACGACAGAUGUGUCAGGAAGGAAUCAGGAGAAACCAAGGGGAAUAUAUAUAUUUGGUUCUACUGCCGUGUCUCUGCUCAGAAAUGUUCUUUGAGGACUGGAAUAAUGGAGGUUUGGUGUAUGGGAGUGUAUGUUUUUUUUCUCCAAACAUAUUUUACUCCUUGGAAGUGUUUGGUGUUUUGAUUUGUUUUUUUUCUUU